CCCCCGUUCUCCUCAGUCCCCCUACUACGUCGCUUCCACAGCCAGCGGAGGAGCGGGGACCGCGCGCAUCGCAGCGCAUCGCCUCACAGCGGAACGCCGCGCACUCGGAACCGGCACUGCUCGGCGGGUUUUGGUUUUUGCACUGAAUGUAGUCUAGAUUCAUCUUCACGGGCGUGUGUUGCCCCAGGAUACUGUCAAAGGCAGUAUCUGUGUGUUUCUGCAGAGUUUUGCACAGAGUCUGUUCCCAUGCAAACCAAUGAGGGAGAAGUAUCGGAAGAAAGCGGUUCCAAGGUGGAACAGGAGGAUUUUGUAAUGGAAGGGCAUGGCAAGACUCCACCUCCUGGUGAAGAAAGCAAACAAGAGAAGGAGCAAGAAAGGGAAGAACAGUUAAUGGAAGACAAGAAAAGGAAGAAAGAGGAUAAAAAGAAAAAAGAAGCCACUCAGAAGGUCACGGAACAAAAAACCAAAGUGCCCGAAGUGACGAAACCAAGUUUAAGCCAACCAACGGCCGCCAGCCCAAUUGGCAGCUCUCCAUCGCCACCAGUCAAUGGUGGCAACAAUGCCAAAAGGGUGGCAGUGCCGAACGGACAACCGCCAAGCGCCGCCCGCUACAUGCCUCGGGAGGUGCCUCCGCGAUUCCGUUGCCAGCAGGACCACAAAGUGUUACUAAAACGUGGGCAGCCCCCUCCACCAUCCUGCAUGCUCCUUGGGGGUGGGGCAGGGCCUCCUCCCUCCACAGCACCUGGAGCAAACCCAAACAACGCACAAGUGACAGGAACGCUGCUGCAGAGUGAGAGUGGGACUGUACCAGAGUCAACCCUUGGAGGUGCUGCUGCUUCAAAUUAUGCAAAUUCCACUUGGGGCCCGGGAGCCUCCUCCAACAACGGCACCUCCCCCAACCCAAUUCACGUCUGGGACAAGGUGAUUGUAGACGGGUCUGACAUGGAAGAGUGGCCUUGUAUUGCCAGCAAAGAUACUGAGUCUUCUUCCGAAAACACCACCGAUAACAACAGUGCCUCGAACCCUGGCUCGGAGAAGAGCACUCUGCCAGGAAGCACCACUAAUAACAAAGGAAAAGGGAGCCAGUGCCAGUCUGCAAGUUCUGGGAACGAAUGUAAUCUUGGGGUCUGGAAAUCUGACCCUAAGGCUAAAUCUGUUCAAUCUUCCAACUCUACUGCAGAGAGCAACAAUGGACUAGGAAAUUGGAGGAAUGUGAGUGGUCAGGAUAGAAUUGGACCUGGCUCUGGCUUCAGCAACUUUAACCCAAAUAGCAACCCAUCUGCCUGGCCAGCACUGGUUCAAGAAGGAAAUUCUAGGAAAGGGGCAUUGGAAACAGAUACUAGUAAUUCCAGUGCACAGGUUAGCACAGUAGGUCAGGCAUCCAGGGAACAGCAGUCAAAGAUGGAAAAUGCGGGUGUUAAUUUUGUUGUCUCUGGCAGAGAACAGGCUCAAAUUCAUAACACUGAUGGACCAAAAAAUGGAAACACUAACUCCUUGAACUUAAGUUCACCAAACCCCAUGGAGAAUAAGGGAAUGCCCUUUGGAAUGGGCUUGGGGAACGCCUCCAGGAGCACUGAUGCCCCUUCACAAAGCACUGGAGAUCGAAAGACUGGGAGUGUUGGAUCUUGGGGUGCAGCUAGGGGGCCUUCUGGAACUGACACAGCCUCUGGACAAAGCAAUUCUGGAAACAAUGGGAACAAUGGAAAAGAGAGAGAGGACUCCUGGAAAGGAGCUUCUGUUCAAAAGUCAACUGGGUCAAAAAAUGAUUCUUGGGACAAUAACAGGUCUACGGGUGGGUCCUGGAACUUUGGCCCUCAGGACUCUAAUGACAGCAAAUGGGGUGAAGGGAACAAAAUGACAUCUGGGGUCUCUCAGGGAGAAUGGAAACAGCCGACUGGGUCUGAUGAGUUGAAAAUUGGAGAAUGGAGUGGUCCAAACCAACCAAAUUCUAGCACUGGAGCAUGGGACAAUCAAAAGGGCCACCCCCUCCCUGAAAACCAAGGCAAUGCCCAGGCUCCCUGUUGGGGAAGAUCUUCCAGCUCCACAGGAAGUGAAGUUGGAGGUCAAAGCACUGGAAGCAACCACAAAGCAGGAAGUAGUGACAGUCAUAAUUCCGGCCGUCGCUCUUAUAGGCCCACACAUCCUGAUUGUCAGGCUGUCUUGCAGACUCUUUUGAGCCGAACUGAUUUGGACCCCAGGGUGCUCUCAAACACUGGCUGGGGCCAAACUCAAAUUAAGCAGGACACGGUGUGGGAUAUUGAAGAGGUGCCAAGGCCCGAGGGGAAAUCUGACAAAGGAACUGAGGGGUGGGAGAGCGCUGCCACACAGACCAAGAACUCAGGGGGCUGGGGAGACGCACCCAGCCAAAGCAAUCAAAUGAAGUCUGGAUGGGGGGAGCUCUCAGCCUCUACAGAGUGGAAAGACCCCAAGAACACAGGAGGCUGGAAUGACUACAAGAACAACUCUUCCAAUUGGGGAGGGUGUCGACCAGAUGAAAAGGCAUCUUCCUCUUGGAAUGAGAAUUCCAGCAAGGAUCAGGGGUGGGGAGGUGGGCGCCAGCCCAAUCAAGGAUGGACUUGUGGAAAGAAUGGUUGGGGAGAGGAAAUUGAUCAAGCAAAAAACAGCAAUUGGGACAGUUCUGCAAGUAAACCUGUGUCUGGGUGGGGCGAAGGAGGGCAGAAUGAAAUUGGAACUUGGGGGAAUGGUGGGAACGCAAGCCUAGUUUCCAAAGGCGGGUGGGAAGAUUGCAAAAGAUCUCCAGCAUGGACUGAGACAGGCAGACAGCCCAAUUCCUGGAAUAAACAGCACCCACAGCAGCCACAGCAGCCACCGCCACCACAACCAGAGGCUUCUGGUUCAUGGGGAGGCCCACCCCCACCACCUCCAGGCAAUGGACGACCUUCCAAUUGCAACUGGAGCAGCGGGCCACAGCCAGUAACCCCUAAGGAUGAGGAACCCAGUGGUUGGGAAGAGCCAUCCCCACAGUCAAUUAGUAGAAAAAUGGACAUUGAUGAUGGCACUUCAGCAUGGGGAGACCCCAACAGUUACAACUACAAGAAUGUGAAUCUGUGGGAUAAGAAUGCCCAAGGGGGCCCAGCACCUCGAGAACCAAAUCUGCCUACCCCAAUGACCGGUAAAUCAGCAUCAGUCUGGAGCAAAAGCACACCACCUGCUCCAGAUAAUGGUACUUCAGCUUGGGGUGAGCCAAAUGAAAGCAGUCCUGGGUGGGGCGAAAUGGAUGACACAGGAGCAUCGACCACAGGCUGGGGGAAUGCACCUUCCAACGCUCCAAAUGCCAUGAAACCUAAUUCCAAAUCUAUGCAAGACGGCUGGGGGGAGAGUGACGGGCCAGUGACAGGAACUCGCCAUUCCAGCUGGGAAGAGGAGGAUGAUGGAGGAGUCUGGAACACUGCCGGCUCUCAGGGAAGCGCUUCCUCCCACAACUCAGCAAGCUGGGGACAAGGAGGAAAGAAACAAAUGAAGUGCGCACUAAAAGGAGGAAACACUGAUUCAUGGAUGAAUCCUAUUGCCAAACAGUUUUCAAAUAUGGGAUUGCUGAAUCAAACUGAAGAUAAUCCAAGCAGCAAAAUGGAUUUGUCUGUAGGGAGCCUUACAGAUAAAAAAUUUGAUGUGGACAAGCGAGCAAUGAAUCUCGGGGAUUUUAAUGAUAUCAUGAGGAAGGAUCGAUCUGGGUUCCGUCCACCUAAUUCCAAAGACAUGGGAACCACAGAUAGUGGGCCUUAUUUUGAGAAGGGUGGCAAUCAUGGUUUGUUUGGAAAUAGCACAGCACAAUCGAGAGGUAUGCACACACCAGUGCAGCCACUAAAUUCUUCUCCUAGUCUCCGGGCGCAAGUGCCUCCCCAGUUUAUUUCCCCCCAGGUUUCUGCCUCAGUGCUCAAGCAGUUUCCCAACAGUGGCCUGAGUCCAGGUCUUUUCAAUGUGGGGCCCCAGUUAUCUCCUCAACAAAUUGCCAUGCUGAGCCAGCUUCCACAGAUCCCCCAGUUUCAGUUGGCGUGUCAGCUUCUCUUGCAGCAGCAGCAGCAGCAGCAGCAGCAGUUGUUACAGAACCAGAGAAAGAUUUCUCAGGCUGUGCGCCAGCAGCAAGAGCAGCAGCUGGCUCGAAUGGUGAGUGCACUGCAGCAGCAGCAGCAGAGGCAGCCGAGCAUGAAGCAUUCACCGUCUCAUCCCGUCGGGCCCAAGCCACAUCUGGACAACAUGGUACCCAGCACUCUGAAUGUGGGGCUCCCAGACCUUCAGACCAAAGGGCCAAUACCUGGAUAUGGUUCCGGCUUCAGCUCUGGCGGCAUGGACUAUGGCAUGGUUGGCGGGAAAGAGGCUGGAACGGAGUCUCGCUUUAAACAGUGGACCUCCAUGAUGGAGGGACUGCCCUCUGUAGCCACACAGGAAGCCAAUAUGCACAAAAAUGGCGCUAUAGUGGCCCCUGGUAAGACCCGAGGAGGGUCACCAUACAACCAGUUUGAUAUCAUCCCAGGUGACACACUGGGUGGCCAUACGGGUCCUGCUGGUGAUAGCUGGUUACCUGCCAAAUCUCCACCAACAAAUAAAAUCGGAAGUAAAUCCAGCAAUGCCAGUUGGCCUCCAGAAUUCCAACCAGGAGUGCCAUGGAAAGGUAUCCAAAACAUUGACCCUGAAUCUGAUCCCUAUGUCACCCCAGGAAGUGUGCUGGGGGGUACAGCCACAUCUCCCAUUGUAGAUACUGACCACCAACUUCUGCGGGAUAACACCACAGGGUCUAAUUCUUCCCUCAACACCUCGCUGCCUUCACCUGGUGCCUGGCCCUACAGUGCCUCUGACAACUCCUUUACCAACGUUCAUAGCACUUCAGCAAAGUUCCCUGAUUACAAAUCAACAUGGUCCCCAGAUCCCAUAGGACACAACCCCACUCAUCUCUCCAACAAGAUGUGGAAGAACCAUAUUUCCUCAAGGAACACUACACCGCUGCCCCGCCCACCGCCUGGUCUGACCAACCCCAAACCAUCAUCUCCCUGGAGCAGCACAGCACCACGAUCAGUCAGGGGGUGGGGGACACAGGACUCACGGCUUGCCUCGGGCUCUACCUGGAGUGAUGGUGGUUCAGUUCGUCCUAGUUACUGGCUGGUUCUUCAUAAUCUCACUCCACAGAUUGAUGGGUCAACCUUGAGAACCAUCUGCAUGCAGCAUGGCCCACUGCUGACAUUCCACCUGAACCUAACGCAGGGCACCGCCCUGAUCCGAUACAGCACCAAACAGGAGGCAGCCAAGGCCCAAACUGCACUGCACAUGUGUGUGUUGGGAAACACUACCAUCCUGGCUGAGUUUGCCACCGAUGAUGAAGUUAGCCGCUUUCUGGCACAAGCUCAGCCCCCUACACCUGCAGCAACCCCAAGUGCACCCGCAGCAGGAUGGCAGUCGCUGGAGACCAGCCAGACCCAGUCAGAUCCCGUCGGACCUGCUCUGAAUCUUUUUGGUGGGUCCACAGGGCUCGGGCAAUGGAGCAGCAGUGCUGGCGGCAGCAGUGGGGCCGAUCUUGCUGGCGCUUCGUUGUGGGGGCCCCCAAACUAUUCUUCUAGCUUGUGGGGAGUCCCAACUGUGGAAGAUCCCCAUAGGAUGGGCAGCCCUGCUCCUUUACUACCUGGUGACCUUCUAGGAGGAGGGUCGGAUUCAAUCUGAACUUUGAACUUUCAACUCUGACCUCGUGACCUUUUUUGGAACAGCAGCAGCACUAACUUGACCUUUUCGUUUUUUUUUUCAACUUGCAAUAAAUACAUUUUUAAAAGGAAAAAAGAAAACGGAGAGAGAAAAAAAAGGUGGGUCAUUGACAGACUGUCUGAGCACAUAGUUGCCUCCCUUAUAACUUCAGUUUUUUCGUUUGGAAUAUGAAUCCAAAAAGAGAACAUAUCACUCUUGAAAUACUUGAAUCAUGAACGCCAACCUAGAAAGACAAUGUGAAGCAAGUACACAUACCAUUUAAAUUUAAACACAAAAAAAAUUAAAAAAAUUAGUUUCUAGUUUUUCACUUUUUUCAUGUUAUAUGGAAGUUGUUGCUAAGAAACAUAUAUACUGAAAAAUAGCUUUUUAACUUUGUUUGCACUGGGUGUGUUUCCGUCCUUAGGUCUACCAUGUUUGGGAGGGAGGGGAAUUCAAAAGAAUUGUUGGGGUGGGGGGAGGGAAGACUUGACGGAGCCUCACUUUAAAAACAAAAACAAAAAAACCUAAAAAAAAAAAAGGAAAAAUUUGUGAUUGGCUG